GCACACAUCAAUAACUUCUGAUAAUUUCGUGAAAACUAAUAAUUUAAUCGAGACUCGAGACAAAUACCGUUCAGAGUGUAUGUUAAUGAAAACGUCGAAGAACACAAGUGAACAUAUAUAAGAAAUAUUGUGCAAAUUGUCAUUAUCGAACAGUUGUUUUCAUUUCUAUCGUAAAAAAACCUGGACAACUAUGCAAUUAUAAUAAUUUAAACAAUAAACUUGUAAAUUAGAAUACCAUGGAGGUUCCAUCAUCAAAAUCCAUGCUGUUUGCUUGUCAGUGGUCAGUAACAGUUAUUAAAUCAUAAAAUGGGUACAAAUAUAUCACAAUUGGAGAAAGAUAUUGGCUCUGAUCAAUUUCCUCCUAAUGAACAUUAUUUUGGUCUAGUUAAUUUUGGAAAUACCUGUUAUAGUAAUUCUGUGCUACAAGCUUUAUAUUUUUGUCGACCAUUUAGAGAAAAAGUUCUAGAAUACAAAGCUAGAAAUAAGAGAACCAAGGAAACAUUAUUAACAUGUUUAGCAGAUUUGUUCUACAGUAUUGCAACUCAAAAAAAGAAAGUUGGAUCUAUUGCUCCAAAAAAAUUUAUUGCCAGAUUGAGAAAAGAGAAAGAGGAAUUUGAUAAUUAUAUGCAACAGGAUGCACAUGAAUUUUUAAAUUUUUUGAUAAAUCACAUAAAUGAAAUUAUUUUAGCAGAGAGAAGUCAAAGCAAACCAACAGGAGGAAAAUGUGGUGCAGGUGAUGCUGGUUCACCACCAGAGCCUACAUGGGUUCAUGAAAUAUUUCAAGGAAUUUUGACAUCAGAAACACGCUGCCUUAAUUGUGAGACUGUAUCUAGCAAAGAUGAGGAUUUCUUUGAUUUACAAGUUGAUGUAGACCAAAAUACUUCAAUCACACACUGCCUCAGAUGUUUUUCAAAUACUGAGACGCUUUGUAGCGACAACAAAUUCAAAUGUGAUCACUGUAGUAGUUAUCAAGAAGCUCAGAAACGGAUGAGGGUUAAAAAAUUACCAAUGAUACUGGCAUUGCAUCUAAAGAGAUUUAAAUAUGUGGAGCAAUAUAAUCGUCACAUAAAAGUUUCUCACAGGGUAGUUUUUCCUCUAGAGCUCCGACUCUUUAAUACGAGUGAUGAUGCAGUGAAUCCGGAUCGAUUAUAUGAUUUGGUCGCAGUUGUGAUACAUUGUGGUAGUGGGCCUAACCGAGGACACUAUAUUUCAAUAGUAAAAAGCCAUGGGUUUUGGUUACUUUUUGAUGAUGAUAUGGUUGAUAAGAUUGAUGCAUCUACAAUAGAAGACUUUUAUGGACUUACAUCAGAUAUUCAGAAAAGUUCUGAAACUGGCUAUAUCCUAUUCUAUCAAUCAAUAGAUUGUAAUUAGAACUUACUACAAAUAUAUAGUGAUUAAAUUAAACAAA